AUGGAGGGCUUCAAGACCCCAUGCGCACUCCCAACUCAGGCAGGUUCUCACAUUCUGGGGUCUUCCACCUCCUGCCGCACACCAUCUCAUCAUAGUCCCUAUGAUACUUGCAAUGUGUUACCACCCAGAAACUCUAUUCUACUCGUAGUUACACACACACACACCAAGGGGAAGGUGAAGAGCUACAACCAGCAGAAGGGAUUCGGCUUCAUCGAGUGCGACGCUGUGAAGCAGCAGUAUAAGAGAGACGUCUUCCUGCACAAACAGCAGGCCGAGGGGCUGCAGGCUGGCGAUUGCGUCAACUUCGAGGUGGAGCUGAACCAGCAAGGCAAUCCGCAAGCACGCAAUGUUGUAAAGAUUGUCCCG